UGUGGGGUGGCAGAAUGAAAGAGGUAGAGAUAGGAGAGCGCCGUAGCGGUUUCGCUUGCUGCCGCGCUCUCAGGUGCUGAGGAAGAAAGAAAAACGAUAAAAAGAAGGGAAGACGGGAAGGCAGGUGUUCGCUUGGUUAAGUGCGGUUGCUGUUAGACUCAGAUAGUCAGGUGCCGAGGAGGAGAGGGGAAGAGGACGGGUGACGGGGGAGAGAGUCGGAAGUCGGAGCGUACCUGUGCAGGGGCUGAGGGAGAUCGCUCUGAGACUUCGACGCAGAUGCUGAGGCAGAAGUAAAGUCGAGGUACAGAGGCAGGGAGACACACGAGCGUCCGAACCUUUGCGUUAAGGCCAAUUGGCGUUGCCACGGCUUCGUGCGUUCGCCGAGAAGGGUGCCGGGAGAGCGAGAGAGGCCGAGGGGGAAGCAAACGAUUCGAAGAUCGCGAAGAGAUGAGAGCUCAAAUCGAGGUGAUUCCCUGCAAGAUCUGUGGUGACAAGUCCUCAGGAGUGCAUUAUGGAGUCAUCACUUGUGAAGGCUGCAAGGGCUUUUUCCGGCGCAGCCAGCAGUCCAGCGUGUCGUAUUCCUGUUCCCGUCAGAGCAACUGCCACAUCGACCGCUCCAGCCGCAACCGCUGCCAGAGCUGCCGCCUGCAGAAGUGUGUGGCUCAGGGGAUGAGCAGAGACGCCGUCAAGUUCGGCCGCAUGUCCAAGCGACAGAGGGACUCCUUGUUCGCCGAGGUGGAGAGACACCGGCAGCAGCAACAGCAGCAGCAACAGCAGCAGCAGCAGCGGCUCCAGGGAAGCCCAGGGGAAGCACAGCCCACCCUGUCUUUCCACAGCAAAGAGUCACGCAACCGCUCGCCCCAUCUGGUCCAGCCUCUGGCACCCUCGUACCCCUUCCACGUGGAGCCCAAGCUGCCCGCCUGCUCCCCUGAUGCGCACGCCUACCUGGACUGCUCCCAAGGCAGGCCCCAGACCACAACUUUGGUCUACAGAGGGUCCUGUGAGUCAGCAGUGUCCGUUUCACAGGGCCGAGGGGACAACAGCGGCCAGUCUGAGGGCAGAGGAGACAGGUAUCAGAGAUUUGAUUCCCGGCAGCCUUCCCCCGAGCAGCUUGGCCUAGGGAUGCCCAGAGGGGACAUGAGAAUGAGCUAUGAGCCGGAGGACUCCUUCUGCUACCCGACGUCGAUGAUGCAUAUCGAAGAGGUCUGUGCCAGCAUUGUACGCUCUCACAGAGAGACCAGCCAGUACCGGGUGGAGGAACUGCAGGCUCUCAGGUGGAAGCUCUUCAGCAGAGAGGAGAUCCAUGCCUACCAGAGCAAGUCCAUGGAUGAGAUGUGGCAGCACUGUGCCCUCCGGCUGACUGAUGCCGUCCAGUAUGUGGUGGAGUUUGCCAAGCGCAUCCCGGGCUUCCGACAGCUGUGUCAGAACGACCAGAUUGUUCUCCUCAAGAAUGGCUCCAUGGAGGUGGUGCUAGUGAGGAUGACCAGAGCGUUCAACACAGAGAACAGCACAGUCUUCUUUGAUGGCAAAUUUGCUGGUACUGAGCUUUUCAAGGCCCUGGCCUGCAGUGAUCUGAUCGCAGCUGUGUUCGACUUCGCUCAUAGCCUCUGUGCUCUGCGGCUGACUGAGCAACAGGUGGCGCUCUUCAGUGCCCUGGUGCUUAUUAACUCCGACCGCCCGUGCCUGGAGGAGCGAGGGAGGGUGGAGAGAGUGAAGAAAGAGGUUGAGCUGGCCCUGAGCCACACCCUUCACAGAGACAACCAGGAGGGCCUCAUGAACAAGCUCUACCAGAAGGUAGCGAUAUUGAAAUCUCUGUGCAGCCUGCACAUCGAGAAACUACGCUGGUUCCGGCAGCUGUACCCCCUCACUGUGCACUCCCUCUUCCCCCCGCUGUACAAGGAGCUCUUUGCCUCUGACACAGACCUUCCCCUGUUGGGCAUCCACCAUUGAAUGGCACCAGGGACCCCCAGAUAACUCAGUUCCAACUUGAUAGAUGGCACAAUGUGACAACAUUCACAGUGGCUUAAAACAUAUAGUAUUCACGCUGUUGGUGAAUAUACAUACAUGGACGUAUGGAGUUUUACAUGUUGACACACUCACAUACCCAAUGGCACAAAUGGGUUCCAGUCUAUCUCUAUAAAUGUCUACCUGCUGUAGAAACCUAUUUUUGUAUUUUGGAAAAUAAUUUCAUUAGCAAUACUUGGAAGAAUGAAACAUAUUUGAAAUUAUUUUUAUGCAAAAAUAUUUCAUACCGUUAAAAGUAAUAAGGAAAAUGUUUCAAGCAUAUGGAUGCUUUUUAUUGUUGGAUUUUUUUAAAAAAAAAAAAAAAGCAUUUAAUAAGUGUAGCUCUAACCAUGGUAAAAACGUCAGUAUGUAUUUGUUUGUGAAAAUAUACAUGACGAGUUUGAGUUUUUAAAUGUGUUGGAGUCCAUUUUGUAGCUAGUAAGUGGGCAAAACAUUUUUGAGCUUACAUUAGCAUUUUAUUGAUUAUAUAUGUAUCAGGGACAAAGUGUGCUGUUUUUAAAUUUGCAUAACUAGUC